ACCAAUAACCGGCACGUGACCGUUGCCAAAUGGGAAAGGAUGUCCCAUGAACCGGUAGCAGCCGGUAGGCAGGUCCCGGUUGAUGAAAUAUUUUCUUGGUUCCAGAGAAUAGGAGAAAUAGUCGAUGUGGGUUUGCUUUGGGUUUUAUUUAUCCAGCAGCAAAUAAGUUGACCGAAGGAGGACUCAAAUCUGUGAAAGUAAAAACCAAAAACAGUAACAAAUAAUAAUGACAACAGGGGUUGCAGAGAAAGAGGGUGGUGUUACUCUUGAACACUUGAGGAAGAGAAUGGCGGAGUUUGCAAAGGAAAGGGACUGGGAUCAGUUUCAUAGCCCAAGAAAUCUCCUUUUGGCUCUGGUGGGAGAAGUAGGAGAGCUGUCGGAGAUAUUUCAGUGGAAAGGAGAGGUUCCAAGAGGACUGCCUGAUUGGAAGGACGAAGAAAAGCAACACCUUGGUGAAGAGCUAUCAGAUGUCUUGCUCUACCUUGUUAGGCUUUCUGACAUAUGUGGUAUUGAUCUUGGUAAAGCUGCACUUCAUAAGCUUGAGCUCAAUGCCAUUAAAUACCCAGUCAUGCUUUCCAAGGGCUCAUCUAAAAAAUACACGCAAAUCAACGCAGCAGACAAUGACAUUGGUAAUCGUGGUGCUACAGGCAUCAGCAACAGUGACAGCAGCAAAAGCAACACUGGUGUUUGAUCUUUCUUUUUUUUUUUUUUGUCUGUUUUUUGGUCCUUGACUUAUUCAUGCCGAUCUCUUUUUAGGUUCCUAAAGUUAUCCUUUUUGUUUUUAUUUAAAUUUUAACAUGAAUCUCA